AAAUACACCUUUACACGAACAGGAGCGCAGCGUGAACGCAGCGCGGCGCUGCGGCGCGCCGUCAGGGGCGGAACUCCAGCUCCUCUUAAGGUGGACCGGAGAGAAAAGUUUGAAAGGUCACGCAGCGUCACCGAAAGCUCGAGCUCGCUCCAACAGGUGGCUGCUUUCGCAGCGCGCGGGGACGCGUGGAACUCGGCGCGCGCGAUCUGCGGCGUCCACACGAAACGAAAGUAGUUGAGAGACUGAAAGGGUUUCAGAGCCUCCUUAACCAGAGCUGUGUGGCAGCCGGGAGAGGGAGAGGAGUGGAGGACGAGAGGAGAGGAGAGGGUUAGGAGGAGCUCGGUGGGUGGGGAUAACCCUUUAGGAGGGAGAGAGAGAGAAAAUAUUAGAAAAUCACGUGUUUGAAGAUCAAAGGAGAUCCGCUUUGAGGCGCUGGGGAGAGCGAGAGAGAGAGAGAGAGAGAGAGAGAGAGCAGAGCAGAGCAAUGCGAGUGUCCAGGCUGCAAUGCUGAAAUAAACACCACCGUGGAGGUUAAUUUGGGGUUUUUGUUCCUCUUUUUUCCACCAAAACGUGCCUUUUUUCUCCUCUGAUCACAGAAUCGUUGCUUUCAACGGAAAAACCGCGGAAAUCUUGGAAAUUAUGCUCCGCUUCGCGCUGAUCCGACCGGCGAGAUGAUGAUGAAGCGUGCCCCGGCUGGGUCGCUCUCAGGCGGCCACGCUUGGCCGCUGCUCCCGCUGCUGGCGCUGGUGCUCAUGCCGGGCUCCGCCCGGGCCAAAGACACGGCCUUCGUGGAAGUGGUUCUGUUCGAGUCGAGCCCCAGCGGGGAUUACACCACCUACACCACCGGCCUGCAGGGACGCUUCUCCAGAGCCGGAGCCACCAUCAGCGCCGAGGGAGAGAUAGUACAAAUGCAUCCUCUGGGUCUGUGUAAUAAUAAUGAUGAGGAGGAUCUGUACGAGUACGGCUGGGUGGGGGUGGUGAAGCUGGAGCAGCCGGAGCUUGACCCCAGCUGUCUCACAGUGCUGGGAAAGGCGAAGCGAGCCGUGCAAAGAGGUGCUACAGCCGUAAUCUUUGAUGUGUCAGAAAAUCCAGACGCCAUUGAUCAAUUGAAUCAGCUCUCUGAGGACCCCCUGAAGAGGCCGGUGGUCUACGUUAAGGGAGCUGACGCUGUCAAGUUGAUGAAUAUAGUUAAUAAGCAGAAAGUUGCCCGAGCCAGAAUUCAGCACCGCCCUCCGCGGCCAACGGAGUAUUUUGAUAUGGGGAUCUUCCUGGCGUUCUUCGUCCUGGUGUCUCUGGUGUGCCUCGUCCUCCUCAUCAAGAUCAAACUGAAGCAGAGGCGCAGUCAGAGCUCCAUGAACAGGAUGGCCAUCCAGGCUUUGGAGAAAAUGGAGACGCGCAAGUUUAAGGCUAAGGUCAAAGGUCAGCGCGAGAGCAGUUGCGGUGCGUCAGAUUCACUCAGCAGCAGCUCCACCUCUGACUGCGCUAUCUGCCUCGAGAAAUACAUGGACGGAGAGGAGUUGAGAGUGAUCCCAUGCGCUCACCGUUUCCAUAAGAAGUGUGUGGAUCCGUGGCUCCUGCAGCACCACACCUGCCCACACUGCAGACACAAUAUCAUUGAGCAAAAGAAAGGAAACCCAGGUACUGUGUGCAUGGACCCGGGGAACCCAGUCCAUAGCCGGCAGCAGAGGGUGGUCCUCCCUGUGCAUUACCCAGGCAGGGUGCAUCGAGCUGGGCCGGUGACGGCAUACCCUACCCGCACCAGCAUGGACCCUCAUGGCAACCCAAUCACUGUACUAACAGUGGACCAACACCCGGACCAGACCCUUUACCCAUCGCCGUCUUCCUUCAUCCGCGGCUACCCUGCCCUUCACCUGGACCACAGCCUGAACCCUCACCACUGCGCCCUGGACCACCGGGUUCCUCCUUACCCCCAGCCUCAUGCCUUUAAGCGCCCCAAGUUUCAUGGGCGUAAUUUCUCUCGUGCCACUUGCUUCUCACAGUACGAGACCAUGUACCAGCACUACUACUUUCAGGGUUUGACCUUUCCGCAGCCAGAGGGUCAGCCUGGUUGUGCCCCCCACAAGGGCCAAGGUCGACCCUUUCAACCAGGGCUUUUGUAUCCAACUGUGGUGCACAUGGCACCGGCUUCCUCAUCCCGUUUAGGGGACAAUGGGAGCACUUCUGGACUUAGCUGUUACCAUGGCCACCGGUCGGUGUGUAGCGGCUACCUUGCGGACUGUCCUGGGAGCGACAGCAGCAGCAGUAGUUCGGGUCAGUGCCACUGCUCGUCUAGCGACUCCAUGUUGGACUGUACGGAAGUCAGCAACCAGGGUGUCUACGGGAGUUGCUCCACCUUCCGGAGUUCACUAAGCAGUGACUACGACCCCUACGUCUACCGCAGCAAGAGUCCCUGCCGCGGGUCAGCCGGAGAGGCUGGCUCAGGAUUCCCGGCAGCCUCGUCUGCAGAUGACAUUCUGGCUCCGGUUUCGGUGGGUACAGACUCCCUGCAGCCUCCCAUAGGUGCUUGCUACAGUUCCGGGGACCAGCUGUCCAACUGCAGCCUAGAACCAAACUGUAGCAGCCACUCAUCACUGGAAACCAGGGAAAUCACUAGCACUACCUCAGUCGGGCCCCUAGAGGGCUCCUCAGUGGAAAUGAACCACUGUUCUAUGGAGCAUAGUGGGGAACAAGGGACAGCAUGUAGCUGCUGUUUUGAGGUUCCUCCGCUGAAUCUAGAACGUAAAGGACAGGAGGGAUACUGCAGACGAGGAGCAGAAUCCCAGACUGUUUCCGGCGCUCCACUGCAGAACUUCUACAGCACUGGCACCGACCGACUUUCGCCUGCUGAACACGCUAGCUACGACGGCCUGCCGUGCUGCUUCUACACGGAAAUGAAAAUGCACUGCGGAAGCGUCGGCCGCUAUGCCGAGGACUAUUCCGUUAACGUGCAGUACGCCCACACUGACAGCGACGGCUGCUCGGGACAGGGCUGCUGCGAACUCGGCCAGCGGAUACCCAUAAUUCCAGAGGACGCAGCCUGCGAAUUAGGCCUCGGUUCCGAUACUCAAACAAGCCUUCUCCCUUCCCGACUGACAGUGGAACGGGAGAACAGGACUUCUGGGGAUGCCAGCCAGGGGUUUUGCUCCUCAGGACAGGGUAGAGGUCACACAUAUCAGCAGCAACAGCACGAGGAGGCCAUGGCCCUGUUCUCCUCUCAGUGCAGCGGCAUGUCUGAAACACAAGGGGGCAGCAAAGCUACACCUGAGGGGUCCCGUCUAUGAAGUAAACCCAGCUUUGCCUCCGCAGGCUGGCGUAACUUGUCAGCACUUGCCCAGCUCUCAGAACUUUGAGUGUACUUAUCAGAAAAGGGGUUGAUAUUUUUUUUUUUUUUUGGUUGAAGUGUGGUGUCAUCAAAUCAAAUCAAAUUUAUUUGUAGCGCUUUUUACAACUGAUGUUGUCACAAAGCAGCUUCACAGAAUUCCAGAAAAGACAGAGUUUUAACAAGAAUGUAAAACCCGUCAUCAUCUGGUUUAUUCCUUUCAUUCCUGUGGCCUUCAAAAGUUCCAACAACACAACUUCAAAAGCCGCAUCAGCAAGCAUGCUGUAGCAGGCAGACGCAGAAAAUACUGGAAACACACUUUUAAUUCCACAAGUUCAUUGUUUUAAGAUCUGAGGAAGCCACCAUGAGAGUUCAGCACCACUCACUCAGAUUCAGACGCUAGAUUCACGUUGCAGCUCAUUUUGUGCUCCUGAUUUUUUUAGUCAGAACAGUGAGUGAGUGAGUGAGUGAGUGAGUGAGUGAUUGUUUGUGUGUGUGUGUUUGUUUGUGUGGGCUGAACUAAAACAGCACCGUUCAGAGAAACAAGCCAAAACAGACCGUGGGCCUCUGAGGCCCCUCGUCAUUCCGUAGUCAGCGUCCUGCCUGUGUUUGCAGCUCUGAGCCGUUUAUCUUUACCGGAAAAAAUCAACAGCAUUUAUCAAAAUUGCUGCUGUGAACAAAACUUUGAUUCUUCUUAGGUUGUUCCAAACGUAAUGACUCUACGUUCCCCCACAUUUAGCCUGGAGUUCCUCAUGGUUCUCUCAGAUGUGCAUGUUCAGAGAGCUCCUCCGAUUCUGCGGAAGCUGUUCGUGUUUAGGCGUCUGUAGUUCAGACGGUCUGUUCGCUGCACAGCUGCAUUUCCAGUGUUUCCCUCAGAGAUAAACGGCUUUUCCUGACCGACACGCAGCGUCACAGAUCUGCGUCCGGUCUGAAGAGACAGUACAAACUUCAGCAUGUUUCAGCCUCUCUCGCCCUUCUCUCUGUUCCCCUUCUCUCUCUCUCUCUCUCUCUCUCUCUCUCUCUCUCUCUCUCUCUCUCUGUCUCUCUCUGUGUCUCUGUCU